AUGCUGAUUGUGGAGAUGGUGCAGAUGAUCAAUGUGUCGGUGGAUUAUGUUUUGAAGUUGUCAAAACACCAAAAAAACAUUGACACUCUCACCGCUGAAGGAACACCAAAGCGCAAGGGAGCUAUUCCUCCAACGAAGUGCGAGUUCUCCGCCGACUGCUUUGGAGGCGCCGACAACGAGUGUUGCCCAGAUUUUAAGAAACACUGA